CAGCGGCCAAGCUAAAAAAAAAAUUCUUUUUCGUUGUUGAGAUAACAACGCAAACCAAAAAACGAAACCCAUAGCAUAUGAACGAUACUGUAUAUUCGUUGCACUGGCGGUCUGAUUUUGAUAUAACAAUAUAAAAGAAAGAUGAAAUCUGUUACGUUACUUUGCUUGGGGAUGAUUGCCUUCUGUUUUCAAUCUGCUUCGACAUCCUGUGUAACAACAAUCGCAGAAUCUGCUCGAGUAGAUUGUCAUUCAGAAGCAGGAGCAACAGAGGCAAGAUGCAGAUGUAGAGGAUGUCAGUGGUGUGUUUCAUCUACUGCUGGCGUUCCUUGGUGCUUUCACAACAGUGAACCCGACCUAAUUAGUCAAAUGAAUUUGCGAUCAGUCUGUCCCACAUGUGCCGAUUGUAGAGAACGAAUAGAUUGUCAUCCCGAACCAGGUGCAAAUGCCGAAGCUUGUCAAUCAAGAAGUUGCUUAUGGUGUCCAGAAGCAGGCAAUAAUGAGCCUUGGUGCAUAUAUGGCGGACUCUAUUUAACUGAAACAUAUCGAGCAAGUUGCCCGACGUGCAGUUCAUGCAAUCCAGUCAAUUGUCUCCCAGAUGAAUCUUCGCCGACUGAAUUAAAAUGCAAGGCAAGAGGAUGUCUCUGGUGCUCAAGUUUAACCCCACAAUGCACGUACGGUGGAAACAUAACAGCUCCAGCUCAAUACAGAGCUAACUGUCAAACAUGCAGCACUUGUACAAUGAAAUAUGACUGUCAUCCAGAGCCCGACGCUACGCAAACAGUGUGUGAGUCUCGUGGGUGUAUGUGGUGCCAAUCUUCGGUAUCUGGAGAGCCUUGGUGUGUAUACGGUGGAACUACAGUGACAACGGCUAAUUGCACAACUUGUGCCAACUGUAACACGAAAAUUGAUUGUCAUCCUCAGCCAUACGCCACCAAGUGGUCAUGUGAGAACAGAGGAUGUAUUUGGUGCCCCACUACCCAAUCGGGUAUACCGUAUUGUGUGUAUCCAACCAUAUAACCUUAUUAAUAGCUUUCUACGUGUCCAGCGUUUAAUUAUUGUAACUUUAUAAAUUUUUAUAUCUGGGUGAAAUUUACUUGAUUGAUGUAAAUAUAUCACGUUCAAACCACCUAGAGUGCUGCUGUAAAAUCUGUGCCAUAACACCAUAGCAUUGGAAUGUUGUAUAUUAUAAUAACUUGUGUGUGAUUUUACUAUUAAUAAAAUAUAUAACAUAG